AUGGUCGGCCCACCGACUGGAACAGUACAUCGUCGAACGCACACCAAAUCCCGGAAAGGCUGUUUGACAUGCAAGGCCAGACGAAUUAAAUGUGGCGAAGAAAGGCCCCAAUGCCAAAACUGCCUGUCUAAACAGAGAAUCUGUGAAUAUCCCAUUACGAAGGAGACCAAAAAGGACAGAGGCAAGAAGGCCUCUACAGUGAUCGAUCAUACGCCAACCUCUUCACCGGAGAGGUUGCCAGCAGAGAUAUCCCCUGUCUCGGCUUCCUUCACGUUACGGGAUCUUCGAUUGUUUCAUCAUUUUCUCUACUUUGCGUACCCGUCCCUCCCUCUCGGCAAUCAAUCAGUGUGGACACAAGACAUACCUCAACUGGUGCAUGAAUUCGACCCGCUCAUGCACGCCUUACUAGCUCUCAGUGCCUCUCACAUUAGCUCCCUGAAUGGUGUUGAGCAGGAUAAUUGUACCGCCUUGGUGCACAAGGGUCAUGCGAUAGCGGGUUUGAAAGAAGCAUUCACCAAGCGCGAGCAUUCUUCUCUCGAAUCCGACGUAAUGCUGGCGACAUGUUAUGCCCUUGCAUUUCAAUCCGCACUCGUUCCCACAGCGUCUCUUGACUUUGCCACAUUUGUUCGAGGCUGUGCGUUGGUCACCGAGCAUAUUCAGAAUGAGGGAAAGAAUACGAGAUUCAAAUUACCUGACGAUCCAAGUCGAUGUCCAACCCAGUUCACGGCAUCCCAGCAAUACGAAGCACUGUGCCUCCCACCUGGGCCAAUCCUCCAAGUCUUGAUGACAAAAGGAAUUCAAUCUCUUCGCUCGGCCCAACAAGUUGCAGCAACACAUGCCGCCGAACAGAACUUCUAUUUCGCAAUCCACUCGACAUUGAUGGGCCUGCAGUCCUCACCAAGCGCUGGAUACACUCAAUUCCUCAGCUUCUAUGCUCUUUGGUUCAAGCUCGCAGAAGACACACUCCAAUUCACCGCCCUGUCGACUCGCGAUUCAAGCCCGAUCCUAUGGGCCUUCUUCAUUGGUUUACAGCUCCUGGUCGUCAUGCUCGUCCAUGAUGCGGUACAAGAUUUCCGCGCCGGACAAAACCAUUGGCGUGACUUGCAGAAGCCAGUGGGCAAGUUGACGGGUAUGAUCGAAUGGCUGGAUGCGAUCGACAUGAAGAUUGCAGUCACACGUCGUCCUCACCUUGAGUGGCCCAAGAUUGUUGUUCGAGAGACCUCCUCGCGCUUCAAUCUUCCUGUUUCAUCGAAGGCGCGGGUUCUCUCGAAAGUCGAAAUACUCAAGGAUGUGUAUUUCCAGCCUCAAACCGUCAUGGGGAGUAUGCUUGAUCUGUCUGCGAGCUUGACCAAUUGGACGAACAGAUUACUCGACUCGAGUUAUGGUACCGUCCACAAUAUCUCUCUGUAA